CCCCCAUCAGGCAGUGUGCCGGGCAUCCGCCAAAGGUGAGGUCCUUCCCGGCGACGCUGGCAGGAGUGUUCUGGCACCAAGAUGGCUGCGGCAGCCGAGCUAACGGCGCUGGGGCGGUGCUGGUUCUGGCUGCUGCUGGGGCUGCAGGCGAUAAGUGUAUACGGAACACAGUUGUCAUCAGAAGCUUGCAGAGAGCUGGGCUUCUCCAGUAACUUGCUAUGCAGUUCUUGCAACCUCCUCGGACAGUUCAAUCUGAAUCAGUUGGAUCCAUUCUGCAGGCAGUGCUGCCAAGAAGAAGCUCAAUUGGAAACGAGAAAGCUUUAUGCAGGAGCUGUCCUAGAGGUAUGUGGAUGAAAAUUGGGAAGGUUCCCUCAAGUCCAGGCUUUUGUCAGGAGUGAUAAGCCAAAACUCUUCAGGGGACUGCAAAUCAAGUAUGUGCGUGGUUCUGACCCUGUACUAAAGCUGCUGGAUGACAAUGGGAACAUUGCAGAAGAACUGAGCAUCCUCAAGUGGAAUACAGAUAGCGUGGAAGAAUUUUUAAGUGAAAAGUUAGAACGUCUAUAAAUCAUUGCUUUCAGUCCUUUUUCCUUUUCCUGUUUUGUCAUGGUGAUCUCCUCACAUGUGGUGUGCUGCAAUUUAAAAAAAUCAUUCCAGCUUCUAUAUUAAUUUAAAAAUAUCUGUUGUGCUGUACUGGACAUCUUGUCAUUAGAGGAGGAAGCUUCAGCAUGCAUAUCUGACCAGUUGACAAACAGAAUGGCUCAUCUUAAUAUAUUUCAGCUCUUAAUGCGUUUAUCACUAACAAAAUGCUUUAUUUCAAAGUUAAUUAUGUAAAUAUCACUUUGUUAUAAUUGGACCUGUUUUUACAAAUGCUCUUAAAACUGAAGAGCUUCAAAUAAUAAGUGAAAUGCUGACCGUGCUUUUGUCUGCUGCUGUUUAUAAGAAAGUCAGAAGCAAAAGCAAUGUACUCUCUCUCCCAGAGAAACUUGACCGCUAAUGGCCUCUUCUCUUUUGUAUUUGAACUGUCCUUUUUGUAGAAGCAUUGUUUACAGUGAGUAUCUAGUUCACAGGUUUUGAAGCUGAAGGAGGAACUCUCAUGCUCUGGUACAGUGAAACAUUUAGUAAGUACACUUUAGUGAAGACUACAUAGAAAACCACCGAGGUGUAUGGCAGUCAGAUGUCAAGUGUGCUUUACAUUAAGUGUUUUGCUUCAGAAAACAUGAGAUACAAGUCUUGAAAAACCUUUCCUUCUGACUUUCACAAGUUUAUUGGAACUCUGUUUAUCAAAUCAAUUUAUAAACUGUUCUUUUAAAGCGUAUAUUUUUCUUUGUCGGCUGAGAUGUAUGUGAACAGGGAAUAUAGAUGGUAUGUAUGGUCAUGAGUCAAAACCAUUAUGACUUGUCAGGUUUUUUUCCACUUAGAGUGAAUAAAUAUGGUAAAAGCAA